UCUUCUCCUUAGGGUGAGAAUCUUACGCGUCAGAGAAUCCAACCGAUUCUCUUCUCCUAUUUCUCUCGUCGCCGAUUGCUUCCGCAACUUUCCGAGCGAUUCUCUCUUCUUCAUCCACAAUCUUCUGACGAGCAUAAGCAAACCCGUGAAGCGAAGAUUUUCUUUGUUGCUCCCUAGCUUGUUGGAGGCUUCAGGAUAUAGAUUUUCUUCGUCUAUACAAGGGAAAUUUGGACGUUGCUGGUCACAUUUGGUGAGAAUGGAAGAUACUAAAGAUAACUGUGAUCCUGCUACUGAUUCAAGCUCUGCGGGUAAUGGCAAAGAGAAAUCAGACGAGAAUAUCUUCGUGAACCAUGCUGAGAUUUCUUGGCAUGAGAUGAGGAAGCAAUGGGUUGGGGAUCCGUCUAAACGGACUUCAAGAAUGCGAGCUGAACUUGCCAUAAGCUUUAAUGCGACUUAUGAGGAUCUGCUUUUAUCCAAUGCACCCUUUCACAAGCCAAUCCCUCUAGCUGAAAUGGUGGAUUUUUUGGUGGACUCUUGGCUUGGGGACGGCCUUUUCGACUAAUGUCUUCUCCAUUUAUAUAUAUAUAUAUAAUUUUUUGGGGGUACAGAACUUAGUUUGCAAACUCUGAAAUUUUGGUUAGAGGAGAAAUCAGACAUCUCUGGCUGAAAUCCUGAGACUUGAAGUUGGGUUUUAUUGCCA